AUGUCAACCCUCAACGAGGCCCUAUCAAAACAACACCGCCUAUCCAUCUGGCAUGUCUACCACAAAGGCGACGAGCACAUCACAAUAACACCAUUCAUAAACCCGAAAAAGGAGUUCGGACUCAACAAGAAGAGUCACAAAAAACUCGCAGCUGAAUACCCCCAAACCCCAGACCGAAACAACGAAUCUAACAGUUAUUUCGUGCACCAUCCAACUCUGCUAUUCCACAAUGCGCCACGGACUCUCCGUCGCGGAAACAAGAAAACCGGAACACCGGUCUGUCUAAUAAAAUGCGGGGCAUUUUGGCUGAACUGGAAAAUCCAGUUCGGGGAUAAUCUGAAGGACGUUAUUGAUCCUAGAGGCGUGGUGAAAUGGGAAUGUCGGAGUAACCCGAAUAACACAACGCUAAACGAUGAUCGUGCUUUGAAGGGGUAUAAGGUCCGCACGUGGAGGGUGUGGGGGGAGAGUGGGAAAAGAUACCACCGUCAGGUAAAUGCGCAACGGAAGGAAAACAAGAAUACGGAAGCCAUGGAUGGUGAUCCUGUUGAGAUGGAGAAAGUCACUGAAGAUGGGAAACACGAUUUGAGUUAUUCACAAAAGCAAGACCCCAGCCCUCCUUCUUACUCUGCCGCACCACAGACGACUAUACCACAACCAGCUGUCGCUGAAGAGGCAGUCCGUCUCAACUGGAGUUCUCCGUUUUCGUUGAAUACUCGACGCUAUAGCUUCGAAUACGCCAAUGUCAAGUUCUUCUGGAAAGGGACGAGAGAUGUCCAUCCGGAUAAACAAUGGACGAAGUGGCUUAUGCCAUUUAGUCACUUGAAGCUGAUUGCCAGACUUCCUGGGAUUGAAGGUGAAGAUAUCCUCGUUGGGCAAUACACACCAAGCUUCGCGUGGCGGAAGUUUGGCGAGUUGUGGAUUUUCGAUUCUGUUGUAGCCAAGCUACUUGGUGAAGUCGGUUCUCCCACUUUGACUGGGCAAGGUGUAGUUGAUGAAAUGCGGGAUAUUCGGAAGACUCGAUUGUAUGAAUUGAUCAUGGCGACGGCCAUGUGUAUGAUAAUUGGCGAGGCGCAGAAAAGGGAGAUUCUCAUAGCGUUGCUUGCGAUGGCUGCGGAGGGGGGAAGUUCGAAUUAG